AGGGCAACUUUCCUUUCUUCUUCUCGUGUACGGAAUACACACCGUCAUCCUUGCUUAUUCCCUGGAAAACUGGUCGUUUGCAGCUGACGUCGCCAUUAGACCACGCUGCUUGGCCUUCAUUUCUCUGUUCUUGAAGAAUGCUCAACGACAUGGCCGGCCUCGUGUCCAGCCUCAACCUGGUGCCUUCGUUCCCGGACUACACGGGUCCGUACAAGGUCGGCACCGUCGAUGUCGAAAUUCCCGUGUCCGAGCUGGAGUCCCCCAGCCCUGCGCCAGAGGGUGCCGCGCACAUCCACACAAUCCUCUUCAGGAUUUUCUACCCUGCCGAGGCCGAGUCGUAUGGCAAGCGGGUGACCUGGCUGCCGGCCCCUCAACGCCUCCAUAUCGCUGCCUAUGCGCAAUUCCUUGGGGCCGGGCCAACCCUGGCGUCCAUCCUUUCUUUUCUUCCCCGCCACCUCCACUGGACCACUAUUCCCGCCCAUAAGAACGCCACGCUUUUGGCUCCUCGGGGCGACAGGCCGGGCGCGAGAUGGCCAACCAUGAUCUUCUCCCAUGGUCUUGGGGGGAACCGCAACGCCUACAGCCACUUGGCGGGGUCACUGGCGUCCUACGGGGUCGUCGUGAUCUGUCCCGAGCACCGCGACGGCAGCGCCGCCCUCUCGCUCAUCCGCGAUCCCGAGAGCCAAGACCGCGGGCGCACCAGGCACAUCGUGCCCUAUUGCCCUAUCCCCCACAACCAGACCAAUGAAGUCUGGGAAGCCCGCAACAAGCAGCUGCGCAUUCGCCUGUGGGAGCUCGGCCUGGUCUUCGAAGCCGUUUCGGCUCUCGACCGCGGCGACGAGCCCACCCUCCGCUCCAACCUCAACCACAGCACUUCCCCUUCCGCUCUCCACCAGUUCACCAACACGCUCGACAUCCACGAGCCGGGCAAGGUCAUUUUCUCCGGUCACUCCUUCGGCGCCGCGACCAUUGUGCAGCUCCUCAAGUCCACCUUCUACGCCAACCACCCCUCAGUGGCCGCCAUGCCGGCCCCGCUGUUCACCCCCGACCGAACCUCCGCGCUCAGGCAUCAGGUCACUCCCCACACGCCCACCAUCCUCCUCGACAUGUGGUGCUUCCCCCUGCUCUCCGCGUCCACCGCCGCCCUCUACAACCUCCCCUUACCCUGCUACUCCCCAACCCGCGCAUCAGGACCAGCACCAGGCGGCGCCGCCCUCCUAGCCGUUGAGUCGCAGGCCUUCUACACCUGGUCCAACCACCUGCACUGCAAGGCACGCAUCCUCUCCCCGUCCCCGUCUUUCACGCAGCCCAUCCCGCCGAGCAUGUUCGGCGGGGACGACGACGACGAUGGCGACCACAGUGACGAUGGCAAGGACAACGCUGGCGCCGGUAGAGGCAGCGGCGGCGGCGGCGGCGGCGGCGUGGCGAAGCCGCACUUCUUCUACGUCGCCUCGUCGGCCCACCUCAGCCAGAGCGACUUCGGCGUGCUGUUCCCGCGGCUGACGAAGCGCGUGUUCAAGGCGGACCGGCCCGCCCGCGUGCUGCGGCUCAACCUGCGCGCGCAGCUGCAGUUCCUGCGGCAGAACGGCGUCGCCGUGGCCGGCACCGCGCGCGCGGAUCUGGUGGACGGGCCUGUUUCCGUCUCGGGAGGAGCUGAUAGUGCUGAUGGUGCUCGUGGGAGUGGGAGUGCCGGCCCCGGCGGCGGCGGUGGGAAGUGGGUCGAUGAUGACAAGGUCAUCCUGGAAAAGGGCGGCGGGAAGGAUGGGGAAGGGAGGGUGGAUGCGUGGAGGUGGAUUGAUAUCGUCGGGCUGGGAGGCGAGGCGUAUCCUUCUGAGCUCGACAUGUCCGAGGGCAGGAGGGAAGAGCAACAGAUGAGUGCUGAGCAGGGUGAGAGGGAGAUGCAGGCUGAGAUUGAGCCUGCGAUGGCCACGACAGCAUGAGAUGUGUUGUGUCAUGGGUGUGUGCAUAGCGUUGGAUCUUUUUUGGGUAUUAUUUCGUUGGGUCUGCUAGAAUCGGUCGGGUAUUGUGUUCUGCUUGUCGUUGCCAAGACUACAACGUGUAUACAUAUUAGACCUUUGGGCCCUCUCGAUAGACAACAAUAGCUGAUAGACCAU